AUGGAAGUUGGCCUCAUCCAGCUCGAGAAGGAGCAGGUGUUCAUCCAGCCCCUCAACAACUCAGGAGGCCCAUUCAGCGGAAGAGAGCAUCUGAUCAGGCGCAAAUGGUCCUCUGCCUCCAGCCAGUCUACCUCUGUGGAGGAGCCCAGGCAGCACUGCAAAGUAGUGACAGAAAAGAAGCCCAAGAAGGACAAGCCAUCGCGGGACUGGAGGGAGCGGAGGAAUGCCAUCAGGCUCACCAAUGAGCAUACGGUGGAGACCCUGGUGGUGGCUGAUGCAGACAUGGUGCAGUACCACGGGGCAGAGGCUGCACAGAGGUUCAUCCUCACUGUCAUGAACAUGGUAUACAACAUGUUUCAGCACCAGAGCCUGGGGAUUAAAAUUAACAUUCAAGUCACCAAGCUGGUCCUAUUGAGACAACGCCCGGCCAAGUUAUCCAUUGGGCACCAUGGUGAGCGUUCCCUGGAGAGCUUCUGUCACUGGCAGAAUGAGGAGUAUGGGGGUGCACGGUACCUUGGCAAUAACCAGGUACCAGGUGGGAAAGAUGAUUCGCCUUCUGUAGAUGCUGCUGUGUUUGUGACCAGGACAGAUUUCUGCGUUCACAAAGAUGAACCCUGUGACACCGUUGGAAUUGCUUACUUAGGAGGCGUAUGCAGUGCUAAGAGGAAAUGUGUGCUUGCUGAAGACAAUGGUCUCAAUUUGGCCUUUACCAUCGCCCAUGAGCUGGGCCACAACCUGGGGAUGAACCACGACGAUGACCACUCAUCUUGUGCUGGCCGCUCACACAUCAUGUCGGGAGAGUGGGUGAAAGGCCGGAACCCUAGCGACCUCUCUUGGUCAUCCUGUAGUCGCGAUGACCUCGAGAACUUCCUCAAAUCCAAAGUCAGUACCUGUUUACUGAUCACUGACCCCAGGAGUCAGCACGCCCUGCGCCUCCCACACAAGCUGCCAGGCAUGCACUACAGCGCCAAUGAGCAGUGCCAGAUUCUGUUUGGCACCAAUGCUACCUUCUGCAGAAACAUGGAGCAUCUGAUGUGUGCUGGGCUGUGGUGCCUGGUAGAGGGCGAUACAUCCUGCAAGACCAAGCUGGACCCUCCCCUGGAUGGCACGGAGUGUGGGGCAGACAAGUGGUGCCGGGCUGGGGAGUGCGUGAGCAAGACACCCAUCCCAGAACAUGUGGACGGGGACUGGAGUCCAUGGGGCACCUGGAGCAUGUGCAGCCGAACAUGUGGGACAGGAGCACGAUUUCGGCAGAGGAAAUGUGACAACCCCCCCCCUGGGCCUGGAGGCACACACUGCCAGGGUGCCAGCGUAGAACAUGCCGCCUGUGAGAACCUGCCCUGCCCCAAGGGUGUGCCCAGCUUCCGGGACCAGCAGUGCCAAGCCCAUGACCGACUGAGCAGCAAGAAGAGGGGCCUGUUGACAGCAGUGGUGGUUGAUGAUAAGCCGUGUGAACUCUACUGCUCACCCCUCGGAAAGGAGUCCCCGCUGCUGGUGGCUGACAGGGUCCUGGAUGGCACACCCUGUGGACCCUACGAGACUGACCUCUGCGUGUAUGGCAGAUGCCAGAAAAUUGGCUGUGAUGGCAUCAUCGGUUCUGCGGCCAAAGAAGACAGGUGUGGUGUCUGCAGCGGGGAUGGCAAGACCUGCCGUGUGGUGAAGGGUGAUUUCAGCCACUCCCGGGGUACAGGUUAUAUCGAAGCUGCUGUCAUUCCAGCCGGAGCUCGGAGGAUCCGUGUGGUAGAAGACAAGCCCGCUCACAGUUUCCUGGCUCUCAAAGACUCCAGUAAAAGAUCCAUCAACAGUGACUGGAAGAUAGAGCUCCCUGGAGAGUUCCAGAUUGCAGGUACGACCGUCCGCUAUGUGAGAAGAGGCCUGUGGGAGAAGUUUUCAGCCAAGGGACCCACCACAGUGCCACUGCAUCUGAUGGUGCUGUUAUUUCACGACCAGAACUAUGGCAUUCACUAUGAAUAUACCAUACCCGUAAACCAGAGCACUGAAAAUCAGAGUGAGCCCACCAAGCCCCAGGACGCCCUCUUUCUCUGGACCCACAGUGGCUGGGGAGGGUGCAGCGUGCAGUGUGGAGGAGGAGAACGAAGAACCAUUGUAUCAUGCACACGGAUUGUUAACAAGACCACAACCCUGGUGAAUGACAGUGACUGUCCCCAAGCAAGCCGCCCUGAACCCCAAGUCCGAAGGUGCAACUCUCACCCAUGCCAGUCCAGGUGGGUGGCUGGUCAGUGGAGCGCCUGCUCGGCAACCUGUGAGAAAGGGGUCCAACAUCGGGAGGUGACUUGCAUGUACCAGCUACAGAACGGCACACAUGUCACUACUCGGCCCCUCUACUGCUCAGAACCCCGGCCGACAUCAGUACAGAGCUGUGAAGGCCAGGACUGCCUGUCUAUCUGGGAGGCAUCAGAGUGGUCAGAGUGCUCUUCCAACUGUGGCAAAGGGACCCAGAAACGAACUGUGACAUGCACCAACUCUCAAGGGAAAUGUGAUGCGUCCACAAGGCCAAAAGCAGAGGAGGCGUGUGAGGACUACUCCGGCUGCUAUGAGUGGAAAACUGGGGACUGGUCUAAGUGUUCAUCCACGUGCGGGAAGGGACUCCAGUCCCGUGUGGUACAAUGCAUGCACAAGGUAACUGGACGCCAUGGCAGUGAGUGCCCCACUCUCUCAAAGCCAGCAGCCUACAGACAGUGCCACAUGGAGGCUUGCAAUGACAAGAUUAAUGUGAACACCAUCACCUCCCCUCGUCUUGCUGCCCUGACCUACAAAUGCACACGAGACCAGUGGACGGUAUACUGCCGGGUCAUCCGAGAGAAGAACCUCUGCCAGGACAUGCGGUGGUACCAGCGCUGCUGCCAGACCUGUAGGGACUUCUACGCAAAUAAGAUGCGCCAGCUGCCCUCUCCAUCAAGCUCAUGA